AUGUUUGAACCUAUCUUUUCUUUCUUUGGAGGACUUGCAUCCAAAGCUAAAUCAAAAAUUAUUGAAAAAACAUUAUAACCUAUUAUUGACUAUAAUUUUGAAAACAUAUUUGAGUAGAAAAUUGCUAUUAAAGAUUUAAAUAAAGGAAUUACUAAUAUUAAUUUAAAUACAAAAUAUUUAAAUGGAUUAAUGAAAACUAAUACUUUAAAAGAAUUUUCAAUUAGUAUAUAAUCUUUAUUAAUGAUAGAAUUUCUAAAACUUGAAAAAUUGCAAUUAUAAAUGAGUGAUGUAGAUUUGAUAUUGGAUUUAAAUACAUAAAUUUAAUAAGAAGAAGCUUUAGAAUCAUUAGAAGUUGAAGAUAUAAUGAACAAAAGUCUUCAUAUAUAGAUUGAGAAAUUAAAAAAUGAAUUUUUAGUAAUAAAUAUUAUUUUUAUAUUUUAGAAUUAAGGAGAUGAUUCUUAUUUUUAAGAUGAAAUCUAAUCUCCAAUACAAUAAAAUGUAUAAAAAGAACCUUCAUCAAAGAUUGUUUUGAUUUUAAGAAUCAUCGAUAACAUUUUUGGAAAUAUUAAGAUAGAUAUUAAAAAUUUAAGGGUUAAAUUUGUAGGCAAAAUAAAAUCAGAUACAGAAACUAAUUUAUCUUUUCAAAUCAAUAAAAUUGAUUGCACUAUGUAAAAACCUUAAAAUACCAAUUAAAUUCUUUUAUUAGCAUUCAUUGAUUAAAUAUAACUAUAUCUAAAUGAAAAUAAAUAAAUAGGUUAAAUAAAUAAUGCUGUUAAAUUAGAUGUCUAUUUAACUUAAAAUGCAGAACCGAAAAUAAAAAUUUAAGCUGAAUAACUUCAAAUAGUUAUAUCAUUAAAUUAAAUAGAUUAAAUUUCUUCAUUAUUAGCUUAAAGUUAAUAAGUUUUAGAAUAAAGAAAAAAUGUCAUAAAUGAAGUAUUAAGUUAAAGUAAUAAGAAUUAAUAAAUUCAAAAUAUCAAUAAUUAAUAAAAAGAAGAACUAAAAAAAACAAUAAAUUUAAAUAAAUAUAAAUUAGUAGAAUAUUUUAAGAAAUCAUAUAAUUAAACCAAAAUUAGGUAAGAAGAUAUUGCUGAAAGUACAAUUAUAAUUUAAAAUAUUCCAGAAUCUAAAAUUUAAAAUUUCCAUUCCUCAGUUAAAUAAAUGAAUGAAUAAAAAGAAUUUUUUAAUUCUUGUUUUUAAGGUUUAACUCUUUAUAUUACAUCUAAUGAUGUUGAUUAAUAAUUUAAUUUUUAAUAAAAGAAUUUUAAAUUUGAUUUAGAAAACUACUACUCAAUAUCAUUAUGUGAUAUAAGAAUAAUAAAAAAUAAUAAAUUUAAUAUAUUUAUUAAUUCUGCAUUAAUUUAUGAAUUAUAAAAAUUAGAACCAAAAUUUAAAAGUAUAAGAGAUUCAAUUUAGAAAUUAGAAUAAGAUUUUGUUAUAAUUGAUAAUUCAAAGUAUUUAUGCAAGUUAAUCAUGAAAACAGGAAAAGAUUAAUACUCUAAUGAGGAUUUAUAUUAGGAUGGUCAUGAAAUUCUAAUUGAAGAACCAACAAUAUUUAUUUCUUAAACUCAAUUUGUUAGUCCAAUUAAACUAGAAAUUAUAGAUUAAAAUAUUAAUAUGGACAUAACACCUUUUAACUUAAUAUUAGACUAAAAUUAACUGUAAUUUAUAAUGAAAAUUGUUGAUAUUAUAAAUCAGAACUCAUCUAAAUCUAAUAAUCAAAAUAUUUCUAAGACUAAAUUCUAUAUAUCUUAAACUAAAUUUUCAUUAUAUUAUCAUAUUAAUGAAUCUCAAUACACUAAUAGUUGUAUUAUGCAAAGUGGGGAACAAGAUUAUAUAUAAUUAAAUUUUAUUGAUUUCUUCCUUACUACUCCAGAUGAAGAUGAUUUACUAUCCUAAUCAGUAUAUAAAUAUAAAAGUUAAUUCAAAUUUGGAUGUCAAAAUAUUUGCGGAUUUAAUAAUUAAAUAUUAAUAAAUAAUUUGACUGGUUAUUUUGGAUCAUUACUCAAAACUUCAUCAUAAAAUAUAAAGAAAUUAGAUGAAUAAAAAAAAACAUAAAUAAUUUAAUACUUGAAAGAAUGUAAAUUAAAGUAAGAGUUACAUUUUGAAUUGCAAAUAGAUAGUGUAUAUUUAAAACAUGAUUCAUUUGAUAAUUUUUAUAGGAUGAUUGCUUAAAUUAAUUAAGUAUUUAAUGGUAAUUAGAAAUAAACAUAAAUUAAUUCGAAAAAACAAUAGAAUAUAUACUUUUCUACUAAAAUAAAAACAAUUGAAGCUACAUUAUAUUAAACUUUAAUUUUAUGUUUCAAGCAAUUCAAAUAUUAUUUCACAAUUGAUUAUCAUUUUAUACUAUUAGAAGAUUUAAAUGUUUUAGAUAAAAAUAAUCCUUAAAAAUUACUUCAAAAUUAACUUUAAGAUAAAUGGAUAUUCAAUCUAAUUAUGAAAUAAAAUAUGAUAAAUCUUGAAUUUUCAGCUUUAAAAUUAAAUUUAAUUAAUUUUAAUUUUGAUAUAUUAAACUCUUGUAUUAAAAGACUUAUAAACUCAAUUUAGUUAUUGAAUCCUCCUUAAUAAUCUAAUAAACCAUAAAAUGAAAAAUCAGAAAUUAAUAUUUUUUUUAAAUCAAUAAUGAUUGAUGUAUUACCUUUCUACAAUGAGGAAAUUAUUCUGUAGAAAAAAGGUUAAGCUAAAUUGAAAUACUCAAAAGAAUCUUAUCCAUCUUGGACAAGAUCAAUUUUAAUAAUAAAUAAUACACAUUUUAAGAAUGAUUUAAUUGAAAUUGAAGAAAUAUAACAUUAUUUUAAAAAUAAUAAUACAAAAGAUAGAAAUGAUGAAUUAAUCAAUUUAAAUUAAUUCUAAAAAAUAGGAUAGAUUUAAAAAAUUGAAUUAUUGAAUAAUAAAUUUAUGAAAAUCAAUUCUAUUCAAUUAUUCCAUAUUUCUAAAUAGAUAAUUGUAGAUCUUAUAGAUCAUUUUGAACAUUUAUCUAAAGAUUUUAAAUAAGAUUAGAUUAAUGAAAAGAAAAAUUAUUAAAAAUUAGAUAAAAUUUAAAUGAAAACAAUAAGUUUCGAAAUAUUAUGUGAUCAAUUAAUUUUAACAUCAGAAUCUCAAACUUUUGAAAUAAAUAUACAUUAUAUAUAAUUUUAAUUGGGAGAUAAGUGUUGUCAUUUAAAAUUGGGUAGAGCUUUUAUAUUAGAUAAUCAUGAAUAGAGUAAAUUUAAAUAUAUACUUGAUGAGGUAGAUCUAAAUGAAUUUGAAGAUAUUCAAAAUGAAAUAAUAAAAGAAAGUCCAUUUUUAGAUUUGAUAAUGUAAUUUGAUUAAAAUAACUUUGUAAUAAAGUUAUAAUUAAAACCUAUAAGAAUAUGUUUAUCUGGAUAUUAAUUUUAAAUAUUACUGAAAUCCUUUUAAAAAAAAGUAGAGGAAGUAGCUAUUAAAUUUAUCAAUGAUGAUGAUGAUGAAUCUUUUGAAAUUAUAAAAUAAAAGGAUCCUUUUAAUUUACAAGUUGAAUUAUUUCCAAUAUAAUUUAUAGUUUCAUUUGAUUCAGAGGGUUUGGAUGUUGAAGGAUUAAAAACAUAAGUAUUAAAAUUUGGAUCAUUUAAUAAUUUAAUCUUAGCAACUAAUUAGGUUUUACAGUUUUAUUAAAACAAUUAAACUUCAAAAUAAGAUUUCAUUUAAUUUUUAAUUAGCUAAUAAUUAUCAACCUUUAGGAUCUUGUUUUAAGCAUAUAAUAUUCUUGAUAUAACUAAAGUUGCUAGUUCAUUUACAAAUGGCAUAGUUAAUAUGUUUAGUAAACCUUUUAUUUCUAAUAAUGGAUUUGUAUGAUAUAAUAGGUUAUAUUAGUUGUAUGGUUUAAUUGAAGGAAGUUAUGAUUUUACAUGUGGUGUAACAUCAUCAUUAUUAUAAUUAACAGCAUUGCCAGCAAGUGCUAUAAAUAAUGUUGCAAAUUAUAUUGGAUUUGGUGCAAUUUCUAUACCUUUCUCUUAAUUUGAAGAGUUUUGUAAAAAAUUAUAUUAUAAAGUACUAAUAAUUUAUAAAUUAGAUUAACCCAGAAAAAGGAAUUCCUUCAAGGUUUUUUAAAGAUAAAUACUGA